AGGUGAAAGGUCCUGAAAUCGAGGGCCUCUGACUUCUCCAGUCAACAUGCAAACAAAACCAAUCCAUCUAGCCUUGAAUAAAGUCCAACUAGAAAAGAAAUGGUUGGAUGAAGCCUGGCAGGCUGCCUUCGUAUCUGCAGUUUGAUCCCCAUUCCUGUGCCCUGUGUCUGCCCUCCACAUUUGCAGGGUGACCGUCCCGAUCUCAGACUGCAGAGAUGGACCUGCUCCACAGCUGGGGAGUGAACCUAGCCAUCCAUUUGCAGACGGAGUACGUGGACUACGAGAAUCUGUUUCAGUGGGUGUCCUCUGUGGCCGAUCUCCACACCACGUUCUUUGUGUUUUUUCCCAUCUGGUUUCAUCUGCGCAGAGACAUAGGUGUUAAACUCAUCUGGGUGGCUGUGGUUGGAGACUGGCUGAACCUCGUCCUGAAGUGGGUGCUAUUCGGUGAGAGGCCGUACUGGUGGGUACAUGAGACUAGGUUUUAUGGUCCUCUAAAACGUCCUGAACUGCAGCAAUUCUCCAUCACAUGUGAAACUGGACCAGGAAGCCCGUCGGGUCACGCCAUGGGUUCUGCGGGUGUUGGGUAUGUGAUGGUUACAGCAGUGCUUUCCAUUGUCGCUGAAAGAAAACCACCUCCUUUACAAUAUAGAUUUUUGCAGCUGAUGCUCUGGAUGCUUCUGGGUUUGGUGGAGUUACUGGUGUGCAUGUCUAGAGUCUAUCUGGCAGCCCAUUUCCCACACCAAGUUAUCAGUGGAGUUAUUUCAGGUAUAAUUGUAGCAGAAAUAUUUUCCAGAGUGCAGUGGAUCUACAGCGCUACUCUGAAGAAGUACGUCUGCGUGACUCUGUACCUGCUCUUUUUCGCGGUGGGUUUUUAUGUGCUUCUGAAAGCUGUGGGUGUGGAUCUUCUGUGGACAUUGGCUAAAGCCCAGAAAUGGUGCAUCAAUCCAGAUUGGGUCCUUUUGGACAGCACCCCCUUCGCCAGCCUGCUGAGGAACAUGGGCACACUUUUUGGUCUGGGGCUUGGUCUCCACCUGGCAGGCUACAAUCAAACAGCAGGCCAGAAUCACGGCAGCGUCUCCGUCAGGACAGGAUGCAUCGGCGUGUCAUUGGUGCUGCUGCAGCUCCUGGACAAGAUGACGUUUUCCUCAAGCAACAAGUUACUUUUCUACUUUCUGUCAUUCUGCAAGAGCGCUGUGGCUUUGGUGCUUCCCACUGCACUCAUUCCUGGAGUCAUAUUUUGGAUUUCAUCAAAAAGCAAGCAUGAAAAGGACAUGUAGUGC